AUAGAUGGACAUACAUGAUACAUACAUACAUACUUUUCAGACAGAAUACGUAGUUGUUGUGGAACUCAUGUUUUGACUCACUAAAGUCACACUGUAUCAGCUUCGACUUCACGAUAUAUAUAUCUAUAUAUAUAAUAGUAAUAAUCUUUGUUUUCCAUCAAUCUCUAUAGCUAUCUCUGUUUUAGCCUUCAUUUAACAUUGCUAUCUCCUAUUCUCCGUGGUAAGCCAUACCAAGAAUCUUUUUCUUUUUUGCUGUUUGGUUUCCGAGAAACUGUUGGAAAAUGAGAGAAAUAUUGGGAAUCUUGCAACAUCCCAAAAAAUGAGUUCUUUUUGUCCGUUAAUCUCUAACCAUGGGUAGUUUUGAUUUUUUUUUGAUUGAUUUAGCCUAAUGAUUCCUUUUUUUUUUUCUAUGUAGGCAUUUACAUUAUUUAUCAGCUGAUGGAUUCUUGGAGCUAUGAUUGUGAAGGGAAAAACCUAUUUUUUACUGAUUUUGAAGCAGAGGGUAUGGAAUUCAAUCAAUUCAUGGAUUUUAGCUUUGAUUAUAAGAAAAAGAAACCCUUUUUUAGUAACACCAAUUUGGGAAUUUUUAGUGAUGAAUUUACCACUACUACUAGUUCAUGUUAUGUUGAGCAACAUUCAAGUUCAUUAAUGGAGUCCAACAGUCAAGAAUCUUCAAUCAUUGAUUAUGGAGAUUCAAAGGGUUGUAAGGAAACUUCCGUUGUAACUUCGAUUCAACCGGUUUUGAUAUCGAAGAAAGCUUCGAUAACUACAAGUUCAUGUCCUCAAACACCUCAAUGUCAAGUUUAUGGUUGUAAUAAGGAUCUUAGUUCAUCAAAAGAUUAUUACAAGAGGAACAAAGUUUGUGAGAUUCAUUCUAAGACAGCCAAAGUUAUUGUUAAUGGAAAUGAAAUGAGAUUUUGUCAACAAUGUAGCAGGUUCCAUUUAUUGGCUGAAUUCGAUGAUGGUAAGCGUAGUUGUCGUAAACGACUAGUAGGACAUAAUGAGCGUAGAAGGAAGCUUCAUUUCAGUACCCUUCCCGGAAAAUCACAUAAGUUGUUGCAGUCAUAUCGAGAGAGAUAUGAACAUGCUGAUCAGGUUAAAUUCAGAGAGAAACCGGUUUAUGAUCCUCAGUCGGCAAUAUCGAUCAUAAAUGGCAAAUUGGUGUCAAAGAAACAACACAUCCCCGGAAGUUUUUCGUCGGCAACUGAAGCCUUCCAUGCUCCUACUGAGUUAUCUGGUCUUUCUUGCUCGGAUUGUGCUCUCUCUCUUCUGUCAGCUCAAUCACGAGACUUAUCGAGCCAUGCGACCGGAAUUCAAUUGACCGAGCCCUUUAUCAAUCAAGCUAGCCACCACCAUGGGAGUUGUUUGGAAAAUGCCAAUGGCUUUUACUCAUGUGGGAUGAACCCCAUGGGAGUUAGCCAAGCAGGAUCUUUUCGAGACUCCGGUCUUUCGAGUCCAAAUGGAACCACUGUUGAUUUACUUCAACUAUCAACACAUCUCCAAAGAGUGGAACAACAAAGGAGUUCGAUGCACGUAAAGCCUGAAAACGAGGACCUUUUUUAUUUCCUUACAACUUAAUCCAGUAUGAGAAGGACAAGGUAUGUUCUGUUGUUCUUACAGGUUCAUGAUAUGUUACUCGGACUCGGGUUUUUCGCAAGAUUUUCGUAUAUUUUGAAUUUCCUUGGAGGAUCAUAUAUGUACCAAUGUACGGAUAUGUGUCAAAUACGGGUGUUGGACACGAGUACUUCUCGGGUUUUAAUGAUCCCUAUCACUUUUGUGGCACUGAAGGGGCAACUUGAGAGAGGACAAAGUAAGAGUCUAAAGUUGGAAUAAUACCCUUGUAAAAAAGUUUAGAAAGGAAUCAUGUAGCACUAACAUGUUUUUUUCUUUUUUUUAUAAAAUCUUUGUACUUUAUACUGUGCAUAAAACUUUAAGUGGUUAAUAUUAAUUGGAGAAAAAACAUGGUUCUUUGUGGACUACAUAUCUUUGAAUAAUAUUUUUUUUUGCACCUUUGGUGCUUGUUGAUAUUAUUUUAGUCCUUGGAAUUAUCCCAAAAGUGUUGGAGUUUUUUACUCUAGGUAGCUUUAAUAUUAAACUUCGGAUUCGAGUGUGAAUGUUCAAUAGAUGUAUGUUUUCAACAUAAAUAUGAUUAUAUUUUAAUUUUUUUUAAAUGUAUUUAAAA